AUGUUCCGCACAGCAGUCCUCCGUUCCGCGGCCGCCGCUACGCGCGCCAUCCGUCCCGCCGUCCAGCAGUCCGCUCCUCUCGCCCGGAGAUCCCUUGUCGCGCCCCGUUCUGCCUUCCGCGCCGCCGCCCCCAAGGCCAUCUCCGUCCGCAUGUACUCUUCCGCCACGGGCCUGAACCAGCAGGAGGUCGAGGGUCGCAUCAUGGCCCUCCUCCAGGGUUUCGACAAGGUCAACGACCCGGCCAACAUCAAGCCCAACGCCCACUUCGCCAACGACCUUGGCCUUGACAGCUUGGACACCGUCGAGGUUGUCAUGGCUAUUGAGGAGGAGUUCAGCAUUGAAAUCCCCGACAAGGAUGCCGACACCAUCCACUCGAUCGACAAGGCGGUCGAGUACAUCGUUAGCCAGCCCGAUGCCCACUAA